AUGAGGUCCUCCCUGCAGGCUGUGGCACUCUGGGGAAAGAAGGCCCCUCCACACAGCAUCACUGCCAUCAUGAUCACCGAUGACCAGCAAAUGAUUGUGACGGGAAGUCAAGAGGGUCAACUCUGUCUCUGGAAUCUCUCAUCUGAGCUAAAGAUUUCAGCCAAAGAACUUCUUUUUGGCCACUCAGCUUCAGUGAUGUGUUUGGCAAGAGCGAGAGACUUCUCUAAACAGCCCUUCGUAGUUAGCGCUGCUGAAAAUGGGGAGAUGUGUGUUUGGAAUGUCACCAAUGGACAGUGCGUGGAGAAGGCCAUGCUUCCUUACCGACACACUGCAAUCUGUUAUUACCACUGCUCAUCCCGGAUGACAGGAGAAGGCUGGCUUCUGUGUUGUGGAGAAUAUCAAGAUGUUCUUAUAAUUGAUGCCAAAAGCUUGGUUAUUAUUCACACAUUCAUAUCAUCUCAGUCUCCUGAUUGGAUCAACUGCAUAUGCAUUGUUCACUCCAUGACAAUUCAAGAAGAUUCUCUCUUGGCCGUAUCAGUAGCUGGUGAGCUCAAAGUAUGGGAUCUUUCUUCAUCUAUCAACAGCAUUCAGGAAAAGCAAGAUGUUUAUGAAAAGGAAUCCAAAUUUCUUAAUUCCCUGAACUGCCGAGCAAUACGAUUUUGCACAUAUACAGAGAGACUUCUACUGGUGGUAUUUUCUAAAUGUUGGAAGGUUUAUGAUUAUUGUGAUUUUUCCCUUCUUUGGACUGAAGUUAGUGGGAGUGGGCAGUUCUUUGCUGGUGGAGAAGUGCUUGCUGCUCACAGAAUCAUCAUCUGGACAGAAGAUGGUCACAGUUAUAUCUAUCAGCUGCUGAACAGUGGGCUUUCAAAAAGCAUAUACCCUGCUGAUGGAACACUGCUUAAAGAGACCAUUUAUCCUCAUUUACUGUGCUCUACUUCUGUGCAGGAAAAUAAGUUGGACCAGAGCCUUCCUUUUGUUAUGGGCUACAUGAAUGAAAGAAAAGAGCCUUUUUAUAAGAUACUUUUCUCUGGAGAAGUCUCUGGAAGAAUUACUUUGUGGCACAUCCCUGAUGUUCCUGUGUCCAAGUUUGAUGGUUCUCCUAGAGAGAUACCAAUAACUACCACUUGGACCCUUCAAGAUAAUUUCGAUAAGCAUUAUACCACAUCACAAAGUAUUAGUGACUACUUCUCUGGGCUUAAAGAUGAGAAUGAAACUGCGGUUGUCACUUCAUCAGAGUAUGUUCCAAGUCUUGAUAAACUAAUAUGUGGCUGUGAAGAUGGGACAAUAUUCAUUACACAGGCUUUGAAUGCUGCCAAAGCAGGACUUCUUGAAGGCGGUUCUUUACUAAAAGGUUCCCUUCCUCAGAAAGUUCUCAAAGGUCAUCAUCACAGUGUUACUUCCUUGCUUUACCCACAUGGUCUCUCUUCAAAAUUGGACCAAAGUUGGCUGGUGUCUGGGGACCAGGACUCAUGGGUCAUCUUGUGGAAUAUCUUUACUGAAGAAAUUUUGCAUAAAUUCUUUUUGCAAGCUGGCCUGGUAACAAGUCUUUUGAUGUCUCCAGAGAAUUUCAAACUGCGAAGUUAUCAGGCAAUCUGCUGUGUGUGCAGUGACCACUCUGUGGCUCUUCUUCACCUGGAGGGGCGGAGGUGCCUCCUGAGUGCCCGGAAGCACCUUUUCCCUGUGAGGAUGAUAAAGUGGCAUCCCGUUGAGAACUUUCUGAUUGUUGGAUGUGCAGAUGACUCUGUUUACAUCUGGGAAAUUGAAACAGGCACUUUGGAAAGACAUGAAACGGGAGAAAGAGCGAAGAUUAUUCUUAAUUGUUGUGAUGAUUCACAACUUCCAAAGCCUGAUUCUGUACUUCCAGUGGCCUCAGAGACACAUAAGCACAAAAGUGUAGAACAGAGGUCUUCCAACUUGUCCCAGUGUGGGCCAAUACCUUGCCCUGGUCUGAUGGUGGAGUCUUCAUGUAAGGUUGCUGAUGCCAAGUCUUUCUCGGGACCUUUUAAUGUCUUGCUUGUGAAGACAAAAUGGAGUAACAUUGGCUUUCAUAUACUUCUUUUUGAUCUGGAAAGCCUUGUUGAACUUUUGCUGCCGACUCCAAUCUGUGAUGUUGACCCUUCCAAUUCAUUCUACUGCAGUGAGAUUCUGAGAAGAGCCAAAAGUACAGUAGAGAAGACAACAUUGACAUUGAGAAGAAAUAAAACUGUCUGUGGUCCUCUAUCUAUGGAGGUACAUGCCAAGCCUGUUGGUGAAAGCCCAGCCCAUGGAGAUAAUGCCAUAAAAUUAUCAGAAGAAAAUGAUGGUAUUAAAAAGCAGAAGAAAAUAAAGAGCUUCAAAAAGAUGCACCCUAAGCAAUCAAAAAAAGUCGAUGCCAACCUCACAAUAGACACAGCUAAAUUGCUCCUAUCUUGCCUUUUGCCAUGGGGAGUGGAUAAAGAAUUAGAUAAUCUCUGCAUUAAGCAUCUCAAUAUUUUAAAGCUUCAGGGUCCUGUUUCUUUAGGACUUGCUGCAAAUGAAGAUCACUUCUCAUUGAUGCUGCCAGGUUGGGAUUUAUACAAUACUGAAAUGAAAAAAGACUAUUCAAAAGUGAAUUUAUUUUCUAGAAAAGUUUUGGACUUGUCAGAUAAAUACACUUCCACUUUUCCAAAUAACUCCGGGAUGCCAAAAGGACUGGAAAAUAAUUCUGAUUCUUUGCAAGAGUCAAACACUAUAGUUUAUUUAUUGAGCAAACUAUUUUUAGUUAACAAGUUAGUUAACAUGCCCUUAGAACUGGCAUAUGGAAUGGACAGUGCUUUCAAAAUUGAGUCUAUGCAUAAUAAGAUGAAAAGUCCUGGAAAUGAUAUUCUGAAUAUUUCAAGCUUCUAUGGUUAUUUACGAAAUGGUAAGAGUGAAUCUCAUCUACCUGAAGCUGACAUUUCACUUUUGAAGCUAAUUUCCUGUUGGAGAGACCAGUCUGUUCAGGUAACUGAAGCAAUACAAGCUGUUCUUUUGGCGGAAGUUCAGAAGCACAUGAAGACUUUAAGAAAGACACCAGUCAACAGUGAACCAGAGUCUGUGGCAAAGAAUGGUGACUAUGAGAUGAUGCAGAUGCUGCCAAAGAUCGAAUGGGCCAAGGAGCCUGAGUUACAGUGUACUACACACACUUUUCCUCUGCAAACUCCAGUCAGUUCGGUCAAGCAUGACAGCAACUCAAACUCGGCAAACUUCCAAGACACCGAGGACAUGCCUGACAGAUGUGUCUUGGAAGAGUCUGAGAGUCCAGGUAAACAAAAGCAUCACUUAUGGAUCGAAAAGGUGUGCUCCUGCAAGCUGUGCUAA